AUGUCACCACAGGAAUCGUCCAUGCCCCCAGAUCGGCAUGAUCCCACUGAGAUCGAUCCCCUUCUUCCAAGGGAGAACCAAAGACCACCCCAAAUACCAGAUAGUGAGCAAGCGCUAGUAGAUCUAGAGCUAGCGGCAAAUGAUGUGUAUGAGGCAAUAUUGGAGAACGAUGAAGAUUACGAUGAAGAUGAACACAAUGAGGAUGUCGUGUGGUUGAGAGAGCAGCGGCUUUUGAACAAAACUAUACACUGGUUUAAACGUCCCAGUGUAUUGAUGGUAGCCACUAUAACAUUUUUAUUAGCCUUUUCGAUCUCGAGUGCUGAAGCUACAAGACAAGUCAUCACCUUAAAGCUUGCAUGUAAUGCCCUUGGAACGGAAAAAUGCAACAAAGAUUCGGCUCAAGUAUUGAUGUCUAACUUGCAAUUGGGUUAUACGAUAACUGGAGCUAUUAUUAUGCUAAUUUCGUCGGGAAAAAUUGCGCCAUUGAGUGACCUUUACGGAAGGCGCCCAUUUUUUAUUACUGUAAUUCUUUGCUUUUUGAUUGGCAAGUCCCUCAAAUUCUUCUUCAUGUACAACUACAACACUUUACAGUUUUACUCAAUGAUAGCUAGUGAAGCGAUUAGCAACAUGGGUGGAGGACUCAUGUCAUUGAUAGCGUUGUGCAAUUGCUACAUAUCAGACGUUGCUGAACCACAUCAGAGAAUUUACGCUCUAGGUAUUGGUUUUGCGGCCAUGUUUGUUGGAUUGAGUAUUGGUCCCUUGGUGGGGAACUUUAUUCUUGCAUUGACAACAAAAUUGUCUCCUAAAGUCGACAUUGGCAAACAGGAAUUUACACCAUUGAAAUUUGAAAUCGCCAUUUUAGUCAUCAAUCUUUUGAUAACAAUCUUUAUCUUGCCUGAAUCGAGAUCUGAGAAAGCUAGAAAGAAGUCGAGAACACUUUCACGCUCUCUGAGUGAAAUUAAUCUUCAAGCGAUGGAAGUAUCGCCAUGGCACAAACGGUUAAUCAACCAACUCAACUUUCUAAAACCACUAAAGAUGCUAGCAAUUCCUGACGAGCUAGUAAGGCCGUCAAACAGACACAAGAUCAAUCGUGACAGGUUCACAAUUAUUGUUUUGGCAUUUAUAGAGUGUGUUAUGAGUACCAUGGCUAUGUCCUUUGGAGAAAUCUUCAUUUUGUAUGGAAUAUACAAUUACGAAUGGACGCAAAAUAGCAUUGGACACCUACUUGCCAUCGGUUGUUCAAGCAAGGCCGUUGUUUUGAUUCUUUUAUCACCGGUUAUCAACCACAAGAUUCUUCAACAUGGACUCAAACUUAAGGUGUUUAAAAAACAACUUGACAUGGUGGACUUUUCAAUGUGUUUUAUUGGCCUAGUAUGCGAGACGAUAGGCUUUUACGGUUACAGUAUUUCUCCCACGACGUCAGUGUUUUUCAUCUUUACUGUAUUUUGUGGGUUUGGUACCUUAAUCAGCCCAGCUAUUAACUCAUCGAUAAUCAAGUUCUACCCUGAGUCUAAAAUUGGAGAGCUAUUUGGUGCAUUGGCAUUGGUCAAGAACUUGUUUGCCUUGGUGACACCUGUGUUCUACUUGUCUGUGUACAAGUACUCCAUUAGCACUUUGCAUCGCCCUGGACUUGUUUUUGUCAUUGGUGGCUCUGUUUUGCUCCUUUGCAUUUUGUUGUUGGUUACCGUGAAAAGAAUCAGUCCUUUGGAUAAAGAGGUUACAAUGUCAAGGAGCAAUUCAACGACUGAGUUGCUGCAAGAAGUUGCUACAAGUUUCUCGGAGCUACACAGGAAAAAUAGCUCUCUCCACAAGCAACGCUCUGGCUCAUUGGACGGAUCUGUUCGUCAUUAG